ACAGAAAAAAAAAGAAAGUUGAGAUUGAGAAAUAAAAGAUAUUAAAUUCAUUAGAAAAAAAUGGAAGCAAAAAUGGGUACAAAAAUUGCUUCUUUUGUGCUGAGAGUUCUUAUUUUUGCUUUUCUUUUAAUUUCCAUCAUAGUUUUGGGUACCAAUUCCAAAACUGUUGGAAAUAGUGAAUCUCAUUUCCAUAAUGUCAAUUCCUAUAGGUUUGCAAUGGCAACCAUCAUAGUUGGAGGUGCAUUCAAUCUCUUGCAAAUUGCCUUAUCCCUUUAUCGUCUUAUAACCAAGACCGAUGGCAGUAUUUUAUUCGACUUCUAUGGUGAUAAGAUAUUGUCCUACGUUUUGUUGGCGGGAGCAGCGGCGGCGUUGGGUUCAAGCAUAGAUUUGAAGGCGAAUAUGAGCGAAUGGAGCUCGUUUUUUGACCAAGGCAAUGCAGCUGCUGCGCUUCUUCUUCUUGCAUUUUUAUGUAGUGCUAUCAUUUCUGUACUUUCUUCUUUAGCUCUUUCUAACAAACCUAAUUAGUUUUCUUUUCUCUCUUCUUUCUCUUAGGAAAUUUAUACAACAAUCUUUGUUCUCUUUUUUUACGAAAUUAUUUGAUUGUGUCAUGUAAUGUAGAAUAGUAAUUAGGAGUUUGGAGUUUGGAAUUUUGUAUCAUGUAAUUUUAUGCUUUUGGUUAGUGGUAGACUCUUUUUGUUUAACUCUCUUGCUCUUUAUUUUGUUAAUGAAUUAUUCAUCAACUUAAAACUUUCUGGUUAA